AAUAAUGUUUUCAAAAUGAGUAAUGUACAGAAGAUGAUGCAAAUGGGGAAGAAACUGAAAGACUCUCUAUUGGAUCCUGCUGAUGCAUCCGUUAUAAUCCAUAAGGAGGCAGCUGUCUCCGAUAUUCCUAAGUUUGGUGUUUGUGGAGGUUUUGGACAGAGUGACUUGUUACCCAACUCAAGUCAUGACACAGAUAGGACUCAGGACAUCCCAGGGAGCAGCAUGGGGUGUGUCCAGCAGCAGAGUGCCCAGCCACCUCUGGUAACUCACCCCACUAAGACUUGUCCCACCUACUCGGUGCCUUUAGGCGAGCCAGCCCCUGCAAAAUUCCAUGUCACACCAUUAUUUGGAAAUGUGAAGAAGGAAAAUCACAGCUCUCCUAAAACCAACAUAGGACUAAAUAUGUCCUCAUCUAAUCAGGCUUGUUUUCCUUCUGGUUGUGAAAAUCCACGGGAAAGGAAGUUUUAUGGUUCUGACACCAUUGACGCCCUUUCCAACCCAGUAUUCAGUAAGACUUUUAGUAAAACAGAAGCUAAUGGCCAAAGGGAGGACAGCACCCUGCCUACCUUUAAAACUGCAAAAGAACAAUUAUGGGUAGAGCAGCAGAAAAAGUGCCACCAACCCCAGCGUGCAUCAGGGUCUUCAUAUGGUAGUAUAAAGAAGUCUCUGGGAGCCGGUAGAUCUCGAGGGAUAUUUGGAAAGUUUGUUCCUCCUGUACCUAAGCAGGAUGGGGGAGAGCAUAGUGGUGGGAUGCAGUACAAGCCUAAUGGGUCCGGACCUACAGAACCAGCACACCCCAUUGAUGAGCGUCUGAAGAACUUGGAGCCAAAGAUGAUUGAGCUUAUUAUGAAUGAGAUUUUGGAUCAUGGACCUCCAGUACAUUGGGACGACAUUGCAGGAGUAGAAUUUGCAAAAACCACGAUAAAGGAAAUAGUAGUAUGGCCCAUGAUGAGGCCAGACAUCUUCACAGGGCUACGGGGACCCCCUAAAGGAAUUCUGCUCUUUGGUCCUCCUGGGACGGGCAAAACUCUAAUUGGCAAGUGCAUUGCUAGUCAGUCUGGGGCAACGUUCUUUAGCAUCUCUGCUUCUUCCUUGACUUCUAAAUGGGUAGGAGAGGGGGAGAAAAUGGUUCGUGCACUGUUUGCUGUGGCAAGGUGUCAGCAACCAGCUGUGAUAUUUAUUGAUGAAAUUGAUUCCCUGUUGUCUCACCGAGGAGAUGGUGAACAUGAAUCUUCCAGAAGGAUAAAAACUGAAUUUUUAGUUCAGUUAGAUGGAGCAACCACAUCUUCUGAUGACCGUAUUCUAGUGGUGGGAGCAACAAAUCGGCCACAAGAGAUUGAUGAGGCUGCCCGCAGAAGACUGGUGAAAAGGCUUUAUAUUCCCCUACCAGAAGCUUCAGCCAGGAAGCAGAUAGUGAUUAAUCUCAUGUCCAAGGAGCAGUGUCACCUCAGUGAGGAAGAAAUUGAACAGGUGGUCCAGCAGUCUGAUGGGUUCUCUGGUGCGGACAUGACACAGCUUUGCAGAGAGGCUUCUCGUCCCAUCCGUAGUUUACACAUGGCUGACAUUGCUACCAUAGCACCAGAGCAAGUCCGACCAAUAGUUUAUAUCGAUUUUGAAAACGCUUUUCGGACAGUGCGACCUAGUGUGUCUCCAAAAGAUUUAGAGCUUUAUGAAAACUGGAACAAAUCAUUUGGUUGUGGAAAGUAAAUAGGUCCCUUGAUUAAAAAAUGCCAUCUUUGUAGUACAGUCUUACUUGUUUGUUAGCUUAGGAAACUGGGGAUGUGUUAAGUGUAUUUUGAAAAUAUUCUAAAUUCUU